UGAGGCACAUCUAACGUUAAUAUCUAUCGCCCAAGCAAUGUCAUUUUGGAAACCUGUGCCUCCACCACCGACUCCAUUGGGUCGGUACCGCGUCCUCUCUCCGCAUGCUGGGAUCCGUGUUUCGCCGCUUCAGCUCGGAGCAAUGAGCAUUGGCGACAAGUGGGACAGUAUCGGAAUGGGCUCCAUGGACAAGGAGUCGUCUUUCAAGCUUCUGGAUGCUUACUUCGACGCUGGUGGUAACUUCAUCGAUACAGCUAAUAAUUACCAGGACGAAACAUCCGAAAUGUUCAUCGGAGAAUGGGUAGAAAAGCGCGGAAUUCGCGACCAACUUGUAAUUGCAACAAAGUACACGACGAACUUCAAGCGUGCGGCGACUGACAUUGCUAUUAAGGCUAACUAUGUAGGAAAUCACGCCAAAUCACUCAAGAUUAGUGUGGAAGCUAGCCUCAAGAAACUGCGCACGUCGUACAUUGAUAUCCUGUACGUACAUUGGUGGGACUACAACACGUCCAUCGAGGAGGUAAUGGACAGUUUGCACAAUCUCGUUGUUGCUGGGAAGGUUCUUUACCUUGGCGUUUCCGAUACCCCUGCGUGGGUGGUCUCUGCAGCCAAUCAGUACGCAAAAGACCAUGGGAAAUCACCUUUCGUCAUUUACCAGGGAGCAUGGAACGUCAUAGAACGCAGCUUCGAGCGUGAGAUCAUACCGAUGGCGCGUGCGAACGGCUUAGCAUUGGCACCGUGGAAUGUCCUAGCAGCCGGACGUCUUCGCACCGAUGCGGAAGAGGAAAAGCGUUUGGCCUCAGGUGAAAAGGGCCGUACGGCCUUCGUCGCGGAUUGGGUCCGUAAUGAAAACGAGAGAAAAAUGAGUGCCGCUUUGGAAAAAGUUGCGAAGGAAGUCGGUACGGAACACAUUACUGCUGUUGCAAUCGCAUACGUCAUGCAGAAGACACCAUUCGUGUUCCCUAUUAUUGGCGGUCGUAAGGUCGAGCAUCUCACGGCGAACAUCGAUGCGCUCAAGAUCUCGCUUUCGGAUGAGCAGAUCAAGUAUCUCGAGAGCAUCAUUCCGUUUGAUCCAGGCUUCCCUACUACAAUGAUCGGAGAUGGAACACCGAAUAGGCCCAACCCAUUGUUGGAGCCUGCCGCACACUGGGAUCGAUGGCCGCUCGCCGAAGCGAUUAAAGCCGUUCCAAAAAUUUAAAAGAAUACUCAUGGUUUCGAAAGACCAAGUAAGGCGUUUACCAUAUGGUGUUUGGUCGACUGAAAGCCCAUUAGCCUCCCUGAUGCUGGACAAGUCGGAUAUCAACUCGAGGAAUGCCUCGUCCAUGAAAUAGAACAGACAAGAAAUAAAUUUAAUUUUGU